AAAAACUAAUUUAGAUAAUUUUAAAGUACUUUCACAGAAGAAUUUUUACAUAUAAGUUUUAGAAAUUUAAUUUUAGUAAUUGUAAUGAUGAUUAUAAAGUAAAACUGUAGAAGUAUCUAAUUUAUCAAAAGUACUAAAACUCAGCUACUGUGAUAACCACACAAAAAAGUCAGCUAAUAUGAAAAAUAAGCCAGCUAAUAUAUAGCAUAGUAUCUAAUUCCUUGUAAUCCAAAAGCAUCUGAUAAGUUGUACCUCAUAGAACUUUGAUGUUGAUAUUGAUGUUGGACAUAUAUACUGUGGUAUGCAAUUGGUAGAUGGUGGACUCGUGUCUACCAUUCUAAUGGUAAACAUGGGACAAAAGGCAACCCAUAAAACAAAAGUGCUUAUUAUUCUGUAUAUAGAGACUUGUAACCAACUUGAUUGGCCCUUACCUAUUACACCCUUCAACUGGAAUUUUAUGUCCUAGUUUGACUUUCUGUAAUAGUUUAGAUUACACUUUGACUAUCUGGAAGGUAUGUUUGGGUUUUUAGCAACAAUAUAUAGAAGUUAACUGUUAAUGUUCUAAAAUUUUGACUUCUUACUAUUUAAACGGAGUAUGAACCUUCAGAAGUAGAAACGGUCGUAAUACUUAUAUUUCGAAAUAGCAUUCUCAUGAGAGGUUGAUGUUUCUAUUACUUAACCUUUGCGUCGUUUUGUUGAUGAUUUAAAGCCAAAUAAGCCUGAGAGUGUAAUCAAGAAAGUGAUUUAGUUCCCUUUACUAUGGCUGGAUUUAAUCACCAUGCUGAAUUGAUGGGCCAAAACAAGUUCCAGGAGAUAUUAGCUUCUGAAGGUGUUGAGUUCCUUGAAUCUGCUAGUAAAAAGGUACCUCGUACAGCAAUCGAAGGAAAGACAAUAUGUCUCUUCUUUUCAGCCAGCUGGUGCAGGCCUUGCAAAGCCUUCACCCCCAAUCUAAUACAACUAUACAACUCCCUAAAAACGAAUGGUGAAAAGCUAGAGAUAAUUUUUAUAUCCUCCGACGGAGAUGAAAAGACAUACAAGGAACACCUAGAAACAAUGCCGUGGCUUGCUGUUCCAUUCAAUUUGAAUCUUUAUAGACGACUAGCUCACUUAUUCACCAUUGAUCAUAUCCCAGCACUGAUUCCACUGAAUUGUAAUGGAAAACAUGUUGAAGAUGAUGCUAUUACCCUGGUUGAAGAUUAUGGUGCUGAUGCAUUUCCAUUUACAAGGGAAAGAAGGGAUGAACUAAGAGCCAUGGAUGAGAGAAAACGUCGAGGUUGUAGAAUAGAAGAGCUUUUGGCACAUCCAGAGAGGGACUAUAUCAUUUCCAGAGAUGGUAAAAAGAUAUUAGUGUCAGAGCUUGUUGGUAAGACAAUAGGCUUGUAUUUUGGAGCACAUUGGUGCCCUCCUGCUCGAAAUUUUACCACACAACUUAUCGAGGCCCACAUGGAGCUCGUAACCAUACUAAACCAGCCAUUUGAAGUAAUAUUCAUAUCAACUGAUCGAGAUCACGAUGAAUUCAUCUGCAGCUUAUCAAGCAUGCCAUGGCCAGCAAUUCCAUAUGAGGAUAAAACCCGGCAAGACCUUAAAAGGAUCUUUGAGAUUAAAGGCAUACCAACCCUUAUACUUAUUGGACCAGAUGGAAAGAUCAUCAGCACCAGUGGAAGGGCUAUGAUCUCGUUGUAUGGUGCCAUGGCAUUCCCAUUCACAGAACCAAGGAUUGCUGGAAUCGAAGCAACUUUAAGGAAAGAAGGAGAGAGAUUUCCCCGUAAGGUGCAAGAUCCAAAGCACAUACACGAGCUUAAAUUGGACAUGGCUAAGGCUUAUGUUUGUGAUGCUUGCAGAAAGCAAGGUAGAUUCUGGACUUUCUCCUGUGAUGUGUGUGACUAUGACCUUCAUCCUAGGUGUGUGGAAGAAACAUUUUAGAAGCCUCUUCAGAGACGUAUGUCGUAAUACUGUUUGUAUAUAAUCGUCACAAUCGUGUAUGCGCAAAUUCUCAGCACAUGAAUCUGCUGUAUUGUUUACUUAUCCAGCACAUGACGAGUAUCUCUGUUAACUUCGCCCAGAGAUAAUCUUAUGUUCCUUCUAUAAUCCAUUGAUGUUAUUUCUACAUUUUAACCCUUGUACGAUUCAUUUCUGCUCCACCCUUCAAACAUACAUGUAAUUUUUGGACAAUGUUUUACACAUUGAUAUCUUGCCAGCAGAAAUGGCAUCUAGCCAAGGUUGUGUACUUUUCAACUGAAAAUGACUAAUAUGAACUUUCUUAACUCUCCGAAGAGCAAUUUCUAUUUU